AUGAUAGUAGACCUGCCAAAGGAUGGAAGCAACAACUCUAUACUGGUCAUUGUGGAUAGCUUUACCAAAUAUGUCAUCCUGGUAGAGUGUUCCAAAAAGCUCAAGGCCCCGGAACUGGCAGACCUAUUCCUACGCCACGUAUGGAAACGCUACAGCAUGCCCAAGAAGACAGUGUCAGACCAAGGACAAGUCUUCAAUAAUAAGUUCCUGAAGGCCCUGUACCAACGCCUGGGAAUAGACCCCCACUUCUCCUUGGCCUACCACCCUCAAAGUGAUGGACAAACGGAGCGCGUAAACCCCACAGUCAAACACUUCUUAAGGGCUUACUCAGGAACAAACCAGAAGGAUUGGGUCAAGUGGUUACCAAUGGCGGAGUUUGCCUACAACAACGCAGUACACAGUUUGACAGGCAAAUCCCCAUUCAAGGCACUGUAUGGUUGGGAACCCUCCCUGACCCCAAGUAACAUACCAACAGACGUCCCUGAGGCAGAUAACCUGGCAACCCAGAUGGAAGCACAGUGGUGGGAAAUAGAGUCCGCGCUCCGGCAAUCAAAGACACGCAUGGUAGCCGGGGAAACAGGAGAACCACUUGAGUUUGAAAUAGGGGAAGAAGCCUGGCUAGACGCCAAAAACGUGAAACUGAAAACCCUUAGUCCCAAACUAACCAAACAACAGCUGGGACCCUUCAAAGACACAGCUGCUACAACCAGCAGCAAAGAUCCAGUGGUAAUGGAGCUCUUGGAUGAGGCCAACAAAUGGGAGGAGGAAUGGGAGCUUGAUGCUGUUAUUGAACAACUGGAACCCAGUUCAAAGUACUCAUUUGAGAUUGGGGAGUUGGAUGGCAUUGAUUUAAGCUCACUGGUGUUACUGGACCUACUCAGUGAUGACCCAGUCAAGGGUGUUAAUAUUGGGUCAGCUGGCAAGAGGAAAGAAGUGCAAAAGAGUGGGCAAGAGAACUUAGUUGUCUCUUUGUUGAAGUUUCAGUUUUAG